CAACGCAACAACCUUAGUCCCUAACUCCGACUAUUUUUAUUCUUCGUCGGCCGGAGAAUGCUAGCAAAUUCCGCAGAAGGAGGAGGAUUCUUCUCUUCAUCAGCUUCUGGUUAUAGCAAUGGUUUAGCGCUUCUUCUAUUAGGUCAAAAGAAUGAACAAAAACCUAUUAAGGUAUCAUCAUCACAAUGGAACCAUUAUCAUUUGGUUGUUGAAGAAUCUGAUACCGGGUUUCGGUUAGAUUCGUCUAAGAAUUGGCUCUCUUCUGCCUGCACUUCUCUUAUAUGUUUUGGUCGAAAAUCCGAGAGACUGGAAAGUCCAUCUGAUAUUCGAGUCAGCCCUUCUAACUCUUCGGUUUAUCGCGAGGGGAAAAAGGAUGAUGCACCGAGUGUGGACUAUAAUGUUGAAGUUACUAAUAGGUUUGCACUUAAAAGCAGCUUGAAGAAACGGUCUUUUAGCGAUGUUGUGAUUGGUGAUGAUGAUGUGAGUAGAGAUGGUGUGGUGGAUCAUACAGAUAGAAGGAAAGUGCAAUGGCCUGAUACAUGUGGUAUUGAGAUUGCUGAGGUCAGAGAAUUUGAGCCUAGUGAAGUUGAUGAAUCAGACGAUGAGUUUCAUCAUGGAAGUGGAAAAAGCUCUUCGUCGUCUUUUAGAUUCUCAACGACGACUAAGCCAUGUGUAUUCAUCAUCAGAUGUUCGCAAACCGAAGGUCCCUUAAGAAGGCCAUCGGCUCCUCCUACUCUCCGGGAGCCGCAAAUACCUGUCCCUCCAUCGCAGCCGUCUUCCGCUCCUCCUCCUCCUCCACCGCCGCAGAAAGCUGUGGCUGUUGAUGGGAAGAGUGUAACUACGGUGGAGUUUCAGAGACAGAAGGCUAAGGAGCUUCAAGAGUACUUUAAACAGAAGAAGCUUGAAGCUGCUGGUCAAGGUCCUUUUUUUGGUUUCCAACCCAAAAAUGAGAUUUCCAAUGGAAGGUGGGCUAUGUUUGGUUUCGCGGUCGGGAUGCUCACAGAGUAUGCAACAGGAUCAGACCUUGUUGAUCAAGUUAAGAUCCUUCUCUCGAAUUUCGGCAUUGUAGACUUGGAAUAAUAAGAGUGUUGUUGUUAUAUAUAGACAGACCCCAUCUCUCUUGUCUCCGAUUCCUCUUCUUGUUUAUUGUUCUUCCUGUAUAUGUAUCUCUAAGAUUUUUAAAUACAGGGCCAUUUGUGUAUUCAAUCACUUUAUCUUCAAAUGGUAUAAAUACGAUCUUGUAUC